GUCCUCUGCAUUCACAACAGACAAAAUGUUCCGAAAAAAGAAAAAGAAACGUCCAGAAAUCUCUGCCCCGCAGAACUUCCAGCACCGUGUCCACACGUCCUUUGACCCCAAGGAAGGCAAAUUUGUGGGCCUCCCUCCACAAUGGCAGAACAUUCUGGACACCCUGAGGAGGCCCAAACCUGUGGUGGACCCUUCACGCAUCACCCGGGUCCAGCUGCAACCCAUGAAGACGGUGGUCCGGGGCAGCACCAUUGAAGUGGAGGGCUACAUUUCUGGGCUGCUCAAUGAUAUCCAGAAGCUCUCUGUCAUCAGCUCCAACACCCUUCGGGGCCGGAGCCCCACCAGCAGAAGGAGAGCCCAGUCUCUCGGGCUCCUGGGGGAUGAACGAUGGGGCCCAGACACAGACAUGUACCUUCAAAGUCCCCAGCCUGAGAGGGCUGACCCUUAUGGUAUCUACCUCAACUGCAACGGGGGAGCCAAAGCAGGCCGGCGAGAGAUGAUGUGGCCAGAAUACCAGGCUGACCAGGCCCAGCCCAACGGGCUGGUGAUGACCCAGUCCCUAGGGCCUGCAGAGUUCCAAGGCGCUGCCCAGCGAUGCUUACAGCUCACUUCUUGCCUGCCCAGUCCACCCCUAGGGACUUCCCCUGCUCUGAACUCAAGCAGAGGUGGCAAGGUUGGGAGGCAGAAUUCAGAGGACCGAAGACCCCAGUCCUGCCUGGUGGGCCCGGCUGGGGGCAGGCCCAGUGGGGAGGGCAGCCCCAGCCCCAAGACUCAAGAAAGCGGCUUGAAGAAUAAGCUUUUCCGUAGCAUGUUUAUUUCUGAUGGCAGUGGCAAGCCAACUCCAGCUGCAAAGAGCAAGGCCAGAAUUGUGGUUUGGCUAUGGCUUAUUCGAAAGCACUUAUUUGCAGAAGCUUCUCAGUUCAGUUCAUCUCCCAGACACCCGGAUGGGCUCCUGAGCCUGGCAGGAACCUCAGAGCCCAAUUCCCUCUUCCGGUCGCUGCAGAAAGACUCUCCCCCGAGCCUGUCAGCCAAGGCCCAGUCUUUGCUCUCUGAUCAGUCCGUGGGGGAUUUCAAUAACCUGAUCGUCUCUGAAACCAGCAGCCCCCAGAAGUCCCUUCGGACAGCUCCAGCAGCGGCCCUGCCCCCUGGCCGCCCCUCCCCUGCCGGCUCCCCCCGAACCCGGCACCCCCAAACCAGCGCCAGCAACCUGCACCUGCCCCAAGACCCCGCCACAGCCAAGGCCCUCAUGACAGCCGGAGAGGAGCCGGGCAUCGUGACCCACGAACAAUUCAAGGCAGCCCUAAGGAUGGUGGUGGACCAAGGAGACCCCCGACUGCUGCUGGAGAGCUACGUGAAGAUUGGGGAGGGUUCCACAGGCAUCGUCUGCCUGGCCCGGGAGAAGCACUCCGGGCGUCAGGUGGCAGUCAAGAUGAUGGACCUGAGGAAACAGCAGCGCCGGGAACUGCUCUUUAAUGAGGUGGUGAUCAUGAGAGAUUAUCAGCAUGUCAACGUGGUAGAGUUGUACAAGAGCUACCUGGUGGGUGAAGAGUUGUGGGUGCUGAUGGAGUUUCUGCAGGGGGGCGCCCUUACUGACAUUGUAUCCCAAGUCAGGCUGAACGAGGAACAGAUUGCUACUGUGAGUGAAUCGGUCUUACAAGCCCUCGCUUACCUUCACUCUCAGGGUGUCAUCCAUCGAGACAUCAAGAGUGACUCCAUACUCCUGACCCUCGAUGGAAGGGUAAAACUCUCAGACUUUGGAUUCUGUGCCCAGAUCAGCAAAGAUGUUCCCAAAAGGAAGUCCCUGGUUGGUACUCCUUACUGGAUGGCUCCAGAAGUGAUCUCAAGGUCUCCAUAUACAACCGAGGUGGAUAUCUGGUCUCUGGGCAUCAUGGUGAUUGAGAUGGUGGAUGGGGAGCCCCCGUAUUUCAGCGACUCUCCAGUGCAAGCUAUGAAGAGGCUCCGGGACAGCCCCCCACCCAAACUGAAAAACUCUCACAAGACCUCCCCAGUGCUUCGAGACUUCCUGGAGAGGAUGCUGAUUCGAGACCCCCUGGAUCGAGCUACCGCCCAGGAGCUGCUAGACCACCCCUUCCUGCUGCAGACAGGGCUUCCUGAGUGUCUGGUGCCUCUGAUUCAGCUCUACCGAAAGCGCACCUCUACCUGCUGAGCCUACUAGCGGUGUCCAUCAGCCUCCAUGGCCCUGCGGGCCUGGGGACACUGGACACAGGAAGCACCAGCAGCCUUCCAGGCAGGCUAGGAACAGUGCCUGCAUCAUCUCAGUAUUUUCUCCAAAGACUGAAUGUGAAAUGAUCCCCCCAACCCACCCCGGUCCCAUUAACCUUUGGUCCAGUGUGCCAACUAGGAUUUCUCCCCUUGGCUCCCCCUCCCCUUCACCUCCCUCUCUCUCCUAAGAGAGACACUGGUUGUCUUUGGAAUUACUGAGACAACUCUUGUCAGGAUGACAUUUUGGGAAUUCUCCAGUAUAUAUCCAAUUCUUUGUACAGAACUGUUUCUGAGGAACCCCGAAGACCAGAAUAGUCUUAUACAAGGCCUACCAGGCUCCAAGGUGAGAGCCAAUUCUUCCUAACUCUUACCUUCAUGUGGGGACUUACGAGCAUUACACCAAAACCAUGUGUUCUAGUCCACCAAACAUAAAUCAUAUGUGUCUCGGGGAGGAACUUGUCCAGGGAAAGAUUUUAUAACCAGAAGACCUAUUUCCCUCCCUUAUGCCUCAGCUACUUAGGGAUAGAGGGUCAGGAAGGACAUGGAUAUGCUACCUAAAUCUGUUUUCUGGCUCUGCAUACAUCCUCCCCUACAAUCUGGGUGCUGCUCUAGCUCUGGGCCAGAAACAGAAUCAACCUUCAGCUGAAAACAAGACAUUUUCAGUGGGAAACUGUCUCAGGAGAGCAUGUUCCCUGGGACAAAGGGAUGCCUCCCUCUAAGAGUAGAGGGAGCAUUCAGGGAGCUUUGGGCCCUGGUUAGAUCCCAAAGCCAGGAUCAUACCAGCCCCAUCCUCAUUCCCAAAUAAUUUAGUUCCUAAGGGACUUUGUCCUUUUUGCCUCUAAGUCCAAACUAGGUCCCUGGUACAUCUGUAUUUAAGCCUAGUGGAGGCUAGGUGACUCAACUUUUGGGGUCUUUUCAGAAGUUUGUCUAUCUGUUUGUGGAGGGCCCUCGGGUUUCAUAAGGCCAGAGCCAAGAGUGGGCAGAAAGCAAUGGUCAGGUAGCUGGAACUUAGUUUUACCUGUGAAUUUCACAAAUGGAACCCCUUCUCUCAUGGCCCCCCAGGUAAGCAAACCAUCAUGGUUCAAGGCCUUCAAGGUCUCAUUUCAGCCCCCCAUGGAGACCAUCGCAGGGGUGAGAUUCUCAGAAGGAUUUACUUUCAUCUGUUUCCUUAGGCACUUCAGCUCAAAGCCAACAAAUACUAAAGCAGCACUUCCUUUGCCCAGGGCACAGUCCUAGGCUGGGAGCUCCCAUCAUCAGGGCUGUUGAAGGCAGGGAUCUCCAAGAAACAGUUUUAUCGGAUCCCUUCCCCACCCAGAAGGGAUUUUUCUGAUUCCAGCGUUUCCCAAUAACCCGUUUUUGAGCAAGAUGGCAAAGUCUUUUUGUUUUUUUAGGUCAGAAUUGGAAACUGAUCACCCUUCCUAGAGAACUUUUGUGAACUGUUUGCACUUGUUUCCUGUUUUAAAUUAAAAUGGGUGUUCUUAAGUUCAAAGCUUGUGUUCUUCCCAUUUUCCUGGAAAGUCAGACUGAACUGACAUUGCUCUGCCCAGGAGAGGUCCGAGGCAAACAUUCGGUGUCUCCUUUUCACGCUCACUGGUUUCCCUUGGGUUGGGUUGGCCUCAGAAGAGCUUUGUCAUCUAAUGUGGAUCUGAAAUUUUAGCAGAGGGAGACAAAGUGAAUGGCCUGCCUUGGAACCUGUGUCCAGAGUGUUUUCCCCUAAAUAGCUGAGUCUCAGAUCAAGAAAGCCCACGUAGGAAGCUGAAUUUACCACAGGGCCUUGCCAGCUGCUCCUCUGGGAGGUGGUUACCCUCUGUACCGCUCUCGUUGACACUCAGUGUGGGCUAGCCCUACAACUAGAAGAGGAACCAUGGGAAGUCAAAGUGUUGUUUCCCUUUCUGUUGCAGUCUGAAGCUGUUUCCAUCAAAUUAGGUUAUUUUAAGAGAAAGACUCAGACAUCAGGACAUAUCGAAAGGGGCUAGACCUGGAGUCUGACUUUCAAAUCCCCCCUCUAAUCUCUGUUAGCUAGGUGGCUCAGUGGGUAGAGUGCUGGGCCUGGAGUUAAGAAGACAUGAGUU